AGGAAAGAGAGGGGAAGAGUUGAGAGGGAGAGAGAGAGAGAGUGAGUGAGUGAGAGACCUCGGCGGAGAGGACGAGAGAGAGAGGGGAGGAGAGCUCCGUCUCUCCCGGUGCACUUGGCAGUCUAGUUGCGGGCUGCUGUGCUGUUGCUGUCGUGGCGUGGCUGGUCGCGCCAGGCGGGGAACUUCACCACACUGGAGCCCGGAGUCCCACUCUCUCACCUGCGCAGUUCGGAGCUGCCAUGGGUCUCUCGCCAGGAUUUACUGUCCUAAUUAUUCUACCGGCCUUUCUGCUGCACACCAGCGGCCUUUACAUCGCCAGUAGCGUUGACUCCCUGCAGCACGUCCUGGGGGAGUAUGGACUGGUUAGGCCAAUCAGUGUGGACGCAGAGGGCCGCUUCCUGUCACACGCCGUCUCGGCCGGCCGCAUGGCAGGAGGGCAGUCCCGUAGGCGCCGGAGGAGGGAGGUAGGAGUAGGCAAUGAUGAGUGGGAAGGACCAAGAGGAGCUGACGACAACCAAGAGCCUGUGGCCCGUAAGGAAAGGCUUUACUACAACGUCACCGUCUUCGGCCGGGAGUUCCACCUGCGUCUGCGCCACAACGCCAGGCUGGUGGCCCCCGGAGCAAAGAUGGAGUGGCGCGAUGACAGCGACAGCACCCGGCACUCUGAGCCGUUGCACGAUGAAUGCUUGUAUGUGGGGGACAUCACAGACACACCAGGAGCCAUUGUGGCCAUCAGCAACUGUGACGGCCUGGCUGGUAUGAUCAGGACGGAGCAGGAGGAGUUUUUUAUCGAGCCGGUGGAGAGGGGUGAUGGAGUGAUAGAAGAGGAGGAGGAGGAGGGAGGAGGAGGAAGGACACACAUCGUCUAUCGCUCCUCAGCCGUUAAGAAAGUGCCCAUCAGCAGCACAGCGGCAGAUUACCACUCCAGAGGUGCAGAUCUUGGUGGUCUGAUGGAUCUGGAGUCUCUGUAUCUAGGUGUGGAGCAGAGUAUCAACAACACGCGAGCAGGAAGAACACGCAGGCAGAGUCUGGACAGAGCCUACAACAUCGAGGUACUGUUGGGCGUCGACGACUCUGUGGUCCAGUUCCAUGGGAAGGAGCAUGUCCAAAAGUACCUGCUCACGCUCAUGAACAUUGUGAACGAGAUCUAUCAUGACCAGUCCUUGGGAGCAAAAAUCAAUGUGGUGCUGGUGCGAAUUAUCAUGCUGGGCUAUGGCAAGUCCAUGAGUCUGAUUGAACUGGGAAACCCAUCUCAGAGUCUGGAGAAUGUGUGUCGCUGGGCCUUUCUGCAGCAGAAGCAAGACACAGGGGACGCAGAGUAUCACGACCAUGCCAUCUUCCUCACACGACAGGAAUUUGGCCCAACGGGCAUGCAAGGUUACGCCCCAGUGACUGGCAUGUGUCAUCCAGUGAGGAGCUGCACUUUGAACCACGAGGAUGGUUUCUCUUCUGCCUUCGUGGUGGCACACGAGACUGGACAUGUGCUGGGGAUGGAGCAUGAUGGCCAGGGAAACCGCUGUGGAGAUGAGGUGCACAUGGGCAGCAUCAUGGCUCCACUGGUGCAAGCCGCCUUCCACCGUUUUCACUGGUCCAGAUGUAGCAUGCAGGAGCUGGGACGCUACCUUCAUUCCUAUGACUGUCUCCGUGACGACCCCUUCGACCACAACUGGCCAUCGCUGCCUCAGCUGCCCGGUUUGCACUACUCCAUGAAUGAGCAGUGUCGCUUUGACUUCGGUGUGGGCUACACAAUGUGCACCGCGCAGCUACAAAAGGCGGGCCAGUCAGGAACGCAGUAUCGCACAUUUGACCCAUGUAAGCAGCUGUGGUGUAGCCACCCAGACAAUCCAUUCUUCUGCAAGACCAAGAAAGGACCACCCAUUGAUGGUACCAUGUGUGGGAAUGGGAAGCAUUGCUUUAAAGGUCACUGUAUCUGGUUGACUCCUGACAUCAUAAAGCAAGAUGGAAACUGGGGUUCAUGGAGUGAGUUUGGCCAAUGCUCCCGCACCUGUGGAGGAGGGGUACAGUUUCGCACGCGUGACUGUGACAAUCCAAGACCAGCCAAAGGAGGCCGGACCUGCGUGGGGGCAACUUACCAGUUCCAGAUGUGCAACACCAACGAGUGUGAGGAUAUCUACAGCGACACACGGGAGGAGCAAUGCCAUGCUUGGGACCCUCGCUUUGAAGUCCACAGCAACAAGCACCACUGGCUGCCUUAUGAACACCCAGACCCUAACAAACGCUGCCACCUGCAUUGCCAGUCGAAGGAGACGCGAGAUGUGGUCUUCAUGCAGAGAAUGGUUCUGGAUGGCACACGCUGCUCAUACAAGGACCCGCACAGUGUGUGUGUGCGUGGGGAGUGUGAGAAAGUGGGCUGCGAUGGUGUGGUCGGCUCCUCAAAGCAGGAAGACAAGUGUGGGGUGUGUGGCGGUGACAACUCCAGCUGCAAAACCUUCAAGGACACCAUCACACGCACUGCCAAGAAACAAGGUUUCCUCAAAGUUCUUGAAAUCCCCCGUGGAGCGAGACACUUACUGAUCCAAGAGCUGAAGCCAGCCUCACACACUCUGGCUGUUAAGAACGUGGCAUCGGGACUGUUCUUCUUAAAUGGGGAAAACGAAUACCCAGAAUCCCGCUCGGUCAUAGAGAAGGGUGUUGAGUGGGAAUAUGAGAACGACAAUGACAAGGAGACCCUUCAGACUACCGGCCCUCUCCGACACGGAAUUCUCAUCAUGAUGAAGCUACAUGGGGAUGAGGAUGUGAAUUUGUCUUACAAGUACAUGAUGAAUAUGGACGGUGACUCUGGCAUUCAGAACAACAUGCUGGUAGAGGACAGUGCUUAUGAGUGGGCCCCAAAGAGAUGGUCCUACUGCUCCAAGCCGUGCGGUGGAGGUAAACAGUACUUACGAUAUGGCUGCAGAAGAAAAGUCGACAGCAAGAUGGUUCACAAAAGCUUCUGCAACAAGUCCAACAUGAAACCCAGAGGAGACACCAGAGACUGCAACCAGAAGCCCUGCCCUCCACCAGUUUGGGUGACAGGGGAGUGGCAGAACUGCAGCAAACCAUGUGGAAAGACAGGGAUGCAAAUCCGCUCGGUCAGCUGUGUCCAGCCUUCAGAUGACAACACCACACGUUCUAUCCACAACAAACACUGCAAUGACAACCGCCCCGAGGCCCGCAGACCCUGCAACCGAUACCCCUGUCCCACCCAGUGGAGAGUUGGACCAUGGUCACAGUGUUCAGUGACAUGUGGUAAUGGGACCCAGCAGAGACAGGCUCUUUGCCACACCAGAGACAAUACCAUCGGCCUGUGUCUGGACAGUAAGCCUGACACCAUCAGAGUUUGUCGUCUGGAACCAUGUCCCAAGGGCUCAUCAGACCUCAACAAGAACGGCAACAUUCUGAUCCAGUGGCUGUCUCGGCCCAACCCCAACUUCCCGAAGAUCUCCUCACGCCAGCGUUGUCAUGGAGACCGCUCUGUGUUCUGUCGUAUGGAGGUGCUGAAGCGCUACUGCUCUCUACCGGACUACCAGCGCAUAUGCUGCAAGUCGUGCAGCAAUGUCACCAUCACAGAGCCUGUACCCAACCCCACCUCCAGAUCCACCCCCAUCACCUCCAUCUGGCCCCAAGUCACAGCUCCUCCACUCACCAGCAUCCAAAGCUCUGACUUCACCACCCUCCAACCCACCGAAGCCAUCAUCACCACCGUUUCCACUUCUACCAUUAAUUCCUGGCCUGCCACUCAUCCUCCUGCCUCCACCAACCCAACCCAUCAUUCCACACUAACUUCAUGGAGUAUUACAGAAAUGACCACCACUGAUCCCCCAGCUACCACCAGUGCUCGUGUCCUCUCUACCAUCUUCCCCAUGACAAUCACCACAGUUUCCACAAACUUUCCUGAUGGUACUACUCAUCCCUUGCCUCUGCCUGCCCCAGACACAGAUAAGAGCACAGAUCCACUGGUACAAAGAACUACAAAUAGUCCAGCAACAUCUGGUGCGAUUCCCACCACAGACCUUUCAACAACAACCAGUGCACCAAUGACAGAUCCAGUAGAAAUCACCACACAAACAGAAAUUCUACCAAAAUUCAAACCUGAAAAGAAAACCAUACUAAAGAAAACCCAGAAAAAGGUGAUUCCUUCAAAAGUCAAUCCAAAAAAGAAAACACCACAAAAAAGUCCACCAAAAAAACCUGUCCCCCCAAAGAUCUAUCCCAAAAAGAAAACAAACACUUCUCCAAAAAAGACUCCAGCAAAUACUACUCCAAAAAAGACUACUCCAAUGAAAACUACUCCCAAAAAGACUACUCCAGUGAAACCUGCUCCCAAAAAGAAUACUCCAGUGAAAACUACUCCCAAAAAACCUACUCCAAAAAAGACUACUCCAUCAAAAAAUUCACCAAAAAAGACCACUCCAUCACAAACUACUCCAAAAAUAACAAAUCCAUCAAAGAGUUCUCCAAAAAAGAAUACUCCGUCAAACACUACACCCAAAAAGACCACUUCAUCACACACUACUCCAAAAAAGACCACUCCCAAAAAGACUAUUCCAGUAAAGACCACUUUAGAGAAAAAAGUCAAACCUUCCCCUAAAAAGGAGGUUCCACCAAAGAACAAUCCCAAAAAGAACAUUGAGCCAAAGUCGAAAGUUACAAAACAAACUCAGACAAGGACAAACAUCCAAAAGAACCCCAAAUCAGGACUCAAAAGUGUCUUAAACUCACAGGCCAAGGUUAAUCAGAGUAAAACCAAGAUGAAAAAGACAACUCCAAAAAAUAAAACUCUUAAGACACCUUCUUAUUACACCACAACUGUUGCUCCUUAUGCAAGCAAAGAACCUUCAAGAGAAGACUUUUCUUCCACUAUCUCUUACAGCGUUGCUGUAUUUGGUACGACAAGCUUGCCUUUCAGUGAGUCAAGAAUCAAUGUCACGUACAUCAGUAACAACACAGCUGCUACAGAUGAAACUCCAUUGUGGUACUAUGACAGCACAGACACUGCAGCCACAACACCCAGCACUUUAGAUGAUCCCGUUACACCCACUGUAAACAUUAAUGUUGAGGAUGUCACAAUGCCCAGUGGAACCAUGCCAUAUGGCGACAUUACAGUGACUGGCAGUGGUGAUCUCACGGUAGCCAGUGGGAUCAUCAUCAGUGGUGAUGACAUCACAGUGUCCUACAGCAAUGUGGGAGUGGUCAGUGACACCAUGGUGCUGGAUGAUGGCCUCACCAUGGUGAUCCCAACCAUAAACGGUGAGGACAUGACAGAACUGGCCUCGUCGCCCUGGCUGGACCUGUCAGAGUACAUCCCUGUGAACAUCCCUUUUCUCACGACAACGUCAGACCCCGCUACCCCCUCAGCUCCCACCACGAUCACUCCCUCCAAAGGAAAACCAGUCACCAUAGCCACCACCACCACCACCACCACCACCACCUCGACUGAAAAAUCUCAGCAAAGAAUCGAGGACAACAACUCCAUCGACGUCUUGGACAACAGGAUCAUCAGCAUGGACAACGACAUCUCUCAGAACAACCUGAUCUCAAAGCGUCGGGUCAAUCUCAGAGAAAGAACCAGGAACAAACGCAUUCAGGAGCUUCUAGAGGAGAAGCGAAACUUUCUCCUCAGGAUGAAGAGAGGCCACACCGUACAAUAGACUUAGCCUUCUCAUUUCUCUUAUAGAGAUGAACUUUUUCUCUUAACUGCCGCAAUGCUUUAUAUCAGGCCUUUCCACAAAGAAACUCCCUGUCAUAUCACAAUCCAGACUGUUGCAGGGAGAAAAUUUCAUCGUCAAAUGUUUGAACAGUUGCUUUGGAUAAAGAAAAGCCCUUUAGAGAACAAACUGUUGCAGAUUUGGAUCAAAUCACCUGGUCUGUGCAAACACAAUAAUGAGAAACAGGAGGGAUGAAUGGUGUACGUCCAGUUUAACCAGCCCUUUACAAAACCCAAGCUUUUAUCUGUCGAAACCACCCACAGUCUUGUUUUUGGAUUCAGUGAUGAUGUAGAUGAGAUGUAAUAUAGUUUGUAAAAUUAUAUUAUCUCUACUGGCACUUGGGGAGCAACAAAAUCUCCCACCUAGAAUCCAAAUCUCCAUCCCAUCCUAUAUUACAGCCCAGGACUGCAGCUUAUCCCAGACAGAUAUGAAUACCUCUCAGUUCCCUACUAACAGCUACUGUAGGAUUAGAUGAAAUUGUUUCCUUGUGAAGUGGCCAACACUCUGAAUAUCCUAUACAUACUGUAUAAUGGUGCUUUUGGAGGCCUGAAAGCAGUGUGGUAAUGCCUGACAAUCAGAAAGUCAAAGUUUCCUUUAGGUUAAAUUGCAUUGCGAAAGUUUACACUGGUUGGAUUGUGUUACCAUUUACAAAGCAAAGAUUUUCCAAAGGGUUUCUUAUCUCUCAGGAAGUUAGAAUAACAGUAUGAAAGUUUGAUGAGGGACAUUGUCAAACAUGUGGUGCUGAAAUGAUAAAUAUUAAUAUCUCACUAAGCUAAGCAGGAAAAAACUGAAGAGAAAAACAUUUUGAUUGCAGUUUUGUUUUUUCUUUUUUAAUGGUCAGUCAAGUAUGGUGCUUUUUUGUCAACGUUGCUAAAAGUAAUGUCCCUCAUGCACUCAUUUAUGUAAAAAAAUGCAGAAAAAAUAUUAUAAUAAAAUGAACAAGCCUUUUUAUAUUAAUUUUAUGCAAUCAAAAGCUUUGAGGGCCAGUUUGUUUUCUUUUCUAAAGGUUUGAUUUUUUUGUACAUCUCUAACUUGCAGCAACUGCAAAAACACCUGCAGAUCUUUCUGUACAAUAUCUGUACAUAUGAAAUAGAAGUUAAUGUUUAAUAUUUAUUAAAGUUUAAGUGCCUGUUGUGUUUUGCAAUA